AGAUGCAUGGCUGGCCUGGCCAAAGUAUAGUGAAUACAUAUUCUCGCUAAAUACGGGGUCAGGCCAUACCGUAUCACUGAACGCGACCCUGAAACCAAAGCAGCAAUAUCUUCAUACUCGCAACAUUAUCAAAAUAGAAUUCUCUAAUCAGAGAAUUUGAAAUUUUCUUUAUGACUAGUCGUAUUUUGUUGGACGUUGCGACUGUUUGAGAACCUGCACUCUUCCGCACGGGAAUAUUCUCGGCCCGGAACACACCGUUAUUCACUUGCAAACGCAAGACUCCAACCUUCCUUUCAUCCCUUCCUCUCUUUACAAUCUUUUCUAUCUCAUGCUUGCUCUUCUAGCAUUUCUCCAGUCGAUUUAAUUCUGCAACCUCGAUCAUGGACAUCGACAAAUCAAGAAAUAAACCCCUCUACAAGGACGACCACACCCCCGUUGACAUCGCCCCCAAUGGAGACGUUCUAUUCAUCGUUGGUCCUUUGAAGCGAAGAGUCCGUGUUUACUCGUUGAUCUUGAAGAACGCUUCGAAACCUUUCGCUACUCUCCUCGGUCCCCAGUUCAGCGAAGGCCAAGCACUGCUUGAACACAACCCUUCCGAGCCCGUACAUCUGUCAUUACCGGAAGACGACUUUGACGCCAUAGUCACAAUUUUCAGCAUCCUCCAUGGACGCAAUCGGAAUUUCAACAAGGAAUUGUCUUCGAAAGAGGUGCUGAAUGUGGCUAUUACCGCAGAUAAGUGGUGCUGUGUUGUCCCGCUUUGGUGGGCCGCCAAAGACUGGUUGAAGUGUGAUGGUAUCACAGAUAGCAAAGUGCUGUGGGCUUUGACGUUGACUGCAUACUUGCUCGACGAGGAGAAAAGCUGUGCAAUACAACUGCAGCCUUGGUUUUGCACCAUAAGGGGCAGGAAUCGUAUGACGAUCUUGAUGAAGCUCCUGGUGUUGAUGAUGAUAAGAUGGCACUUAUUCGAAAGUCACUCAGUCUUGAAAGGACUCGCAUCUGCCUAUCUCUGGUUACCGAGCUGACGGCACUGGUACCGUCCACGCUCUAUGACCCGCAUAACGGAUGUGGAUGGCUUAAGAUGCAAGCUUUGAAAUUCAUAUGUGGUCUACACGACACCCUGGGCGUUGACAGAAGAUCAAUAUGGGAAAGUACGCAAGCAAUCUUGGAGAUGAAGCAUGACGCUACUGCAUCCUACUCCGAUUUACGUCAUUGUGCACACCCUGCUGAGCAUCAAGAUCCGUACUUUCAUGACGCCAGACACAAAGUUGUCAAAGACUUGCUGCAGCCUGGAAAGUUCGAAGUUUCUCUGCGGUCCAUUCGCCGCAGUCCUCGGGAAAGCGGAACACCCUGCUGAGGAACAGAAACAAACUUUCAGUUUCUCAUCUCAUGAUG